AUGGAGCUCCUUGAUGCAAGCUACUCGCGAACAUACCUGACACGACUUAAUUAUCGAGGCCCGCCUCUCUUACGCAAGAUUGGAGGCACCAAGACGGGAAGACAUCUCGCUGCUCCUGCCGGGGCAGACAGUGGCGACAGCAUCAUGGCACCCAGAAAACGGCAGGAGGAGGAGGAAGACUUGGCCAUCUAUGCCCAACCUUUGAGCAGUGAUGAUGAGGACUACAACAACUCCACAAAAUCUCAGACGAAUCUUCCCAAAAAACCUCAAGACGGGCAGAAAGCCUCUUGUCCUGCUCCGAAGCCCCCUUCGACCACCACAGCUGCCAGAAGAUCGAAGAGAAGGAAGAUUACCGACGAACCAAGUCUAGACACACUGCCAGUGGUGGCACCCGAAUACCCCGCCAUGCCAGAUCCGUUUCCCGAGUGGAACUCCUCCGGCUCACAGAAAAGGAAGGUACAGAGAAGCUAUGCGAAUCGAAGAUUUCAAAGACCUGAGCCUGUGGAAAGUAAACCUACCUUACCUGAGAGCGAGAAAGCAUUCGCGUCAUACGACGAGGUGCCCAAACGGGGGAAUGCGUCCGAGUACAAGGUCGACUUUGUUGCAGUUGCGGCAUUGCCUGGCAAGCGCAUGAUCAAGAGCCCUACCACGCUAGAGACCAAACUCGACAUCGUAGACGUCCCUAAGAAAGGGUCAGUCAAGGAACAUGGCUUCCAACUGCCCGAUCUGCCCGACAUCGCGUCUUCCGCCACCACGAGCGGAGGAGGCGAGCCUAUAUUUGACACCGAGUCUGCCAACGACAAGCCGAAUAAGCGCAGAAGGUCAGGCUCGACGUCCUCGCUGUCCUCUGUCGAUUCCAUGUUCAUCCUCGAACACCAGGGCGAGUUACUGGAGAAGGACGAGAUCUUGCAGGCUGAACCCUCCACCCUACGCUGUCCGGUGUGCCAGGAAAUCAUCAAGGACUCGGUCUUGUUACUCGUCCCCAACAACCUUCGCACCUUGUCUUUCCAAAGACAGCAGAAUUUCUGCGUGCAGCACCAGGUGGCCGAAGCGAAAGAGAAGUGGCAGCGUCGUGGUUAUCCCGAGAUCAACUGGGACGAUUUCGAGAAGACCCGAUUGCCCGCCAAAUUGCCGUUCCUGGAGCAGGUGAUUAUGCGCAAGACCCCGAGCUACUAUCUGGAGCAGUUGGACGAGAAGAUCAGGGCCGCCAAAGGAAAUCGCAAAGCCGUCAAACUCUACCUCAAUCAGGGAAUCGUCGAUAUUGCCAAACAAGGCUACUACGGUCCGAGGGGUGCACGCGUCAUGGUUGGUGCUAUCACGACGGAGCUAACCAAGACCCUCAACGGCGCCCUCAGGUCGGACUCCACUCUCCGAGCUGCCGGUGUGGGCGGCUAUGUCAGUGCCGUGCUGGUCCCGGAGUUGACGGCGCGCUUGGUGAUGGAAGAUAUGGGGCUGCCGAGCAGCGAGGAGGCAAGGGAUGUGUUGGACGAGAGCAGCCGAAUUGGCGCCCUGCUCAAUCCUGACGACGACCAUAUUGAGCGGGAGGAUGAUGAAUACGUGGCCGAGUCUUGA